AGACCUUUUAAUCUCGACUAAAAUGGCUGCCUCCAGAAGCUGUCAUAUUUUCAAGUUUAUAAGACAAAACACAAAAUGUCUUCAUGGUAUGAAUUUUGUCAACCACCAGACGUGUCAUUAUACAACCACGGCUGAUAAUUUGGUAAAUCGUGAUGAGGGUGUUCUAUAUAGAUCAGCACCACUGGAUUUACUCAGUGAUGAAGAAAAAAUGAUGAGAGAAACAGUUUCAAGAAUGGCCAAUGAAAAAAUUAAACCAUUUGUUAGAGAGAUGGAUGAAAAAAGUGAUGUUAAUCCUUCUGUAAUGGAUGCUUUAUUUCAAAACGGGUUAAUGGGAGUGGAAGUAGAAUCUGAAUAUGGUGGAAGUGAAUCAACAUUUUUUAAUAUGACAUUAGUAAUAGAAGAACUAGCCAAGGUUGAUCCAGCUAUAAGUGUUAUUUGUGAUGUACAGAAUACAUUAAUCACAUCUUUAUUUAGACAUUAUGGGACAAAAGAACAAAAAGCAAAAUAUUUACCACGUUUAUGUAUGGAUAUGGUUGGAAGUUUUUGUCUCUCAGAAUCUGAAUCUGGUUCCGAUGCAUUUGCUUUAAAAACAGCAGCAGUAAAACAAGGUGAUCAUUAUAUUCUCAAUGGAUCUAAAUGUUGGAUAACCAAUGCUACCAUGGCUAAAGUCUUUCUGGUAAUGGCAAAUGCUAAACCUACUGAUGGUUAUAAAGGUAUUACAUGUUUUAUAGUAGACCGUGAUACAGAAGGUGUCAGUAUUGGUAGGAAAGAAGAUAAAUUGGGAAUUAGAGCAUCACAGACAGCUACAGUAACUUUUGAAAAUGUUAAAAUACCAGAGAGUAAUAUUUUAGGACAGUUUGGUCAUGGUUAUAAAUAUGCUAUAGAAAUGUUAAAUGAGGGAAGAAUAGGCAUUGGUGCUCAGAUGUUAGGUCUAGCUGAAGGUUGUUUUGAAAAUACCAUUCCUUACUGUAAAGAGAGAAAGCAGUUUGGUAAAAGAAUAUUUGAUUUUCAGGGAAUGCAGCAUCAGAUAUCUAAUGUAGCAAUGCAAAUAGAAGCUGCUAAAUUACUGGUUUAUAAUGCUGCCAGACGUAAAGAAGCAGGUCUACCAUUUGUUAAAGAAGCUGCAAUGUCUAAAUUAUAUGCAUCCGAGGUGGCUACGUUAACGACUUCUAAAUGUAUUGAAUGGAUGGGUGGAGUUGGUUUUAUUAAAGAUUAUCCGAUAGAGAAAUACUACAGAGAUUGUAAAAUAGGUACUAUAUAUGAAGGAACCAGCAACAUUCAACUAAAUACUAUAGCUAAAUGUAUAGAUCAAGAAUUUAGUUAAAUUACAUCUUACAAGUUUUUUUUAAACAAUAUUUGGGGAACAGGUUUUGUCUAUGUAUGUAAAACCUGUCUCUUUAUGAUCAAAACUAUAUACAAUAAUGUGUAUUUCAGAAUAUACUGUGUAAAGAUAUAAUUAGUGAUAGUGGACAUCAAGGUAAUGUCCGGUGUAUCCUAUAUUUCCAAUCUGAUUAAAACACAGAUCUUAUUUCGUUUCGUUUUUUUUUUUAUAGUUCAAAAUUUCGUUUUACUACACUAGGAUCUGGAAGAGUUAUUAUAUAACAGGCGUUUUGGUUGAAGUGAGGCAUAAGCCAAUGAAACAGUCUGUUACAGCAACAUCUUGGCGUGCCAUCAUAGAACUGUGGGUAAACCACGAAAAACGUCAACGCUGAUUGAUUAAUUAAUGUCUGAUGUCAUGGGGUCAAAAGCCGCUCGUAUGACCCCUGACACAGCCUUCGAGUACAACUGGUCAUAUCUUCAUGUAGUGUAGGCCAUCGAAAGUAUAAAAAAACGAAACUAAAUAUAGAUCUGUAUUUUAAUCAAAUUACUAUGUUUCAUACCUCCAGUGAUAUUAAAAUAACAAUUAGGGUGUGUUAAAUCUAUAUAGUGAUAUAAAUACCAGUAUGUACAUACUAAUAGGAAUUAUAAAUCAAAACAGCCUACUUUACUAUUAAAAUUAGGUUUGAAAUCAUUUGUUCUCUCAGUGUCAGAGUUAUUGUUAAUCAUGUUAGUAACACAUAAAUUUGUUGUAAAAAAAUGAGCAACUCUGUCAAGAGAAGUAUAAUGAAAUACAAUAUCAUGGAUAUAAAUCCUAACACUGUGCAUGUAAUGUCAUGUGAAGUAUUCACUAGGAGGUUGGGGAGAUGUUAUAGUAUAAAUUAUUCCACCGGUUUGUUUUGUUAUAUUGAUGUGUAUGUAUGAUUGAAUGAAUGAAGGGUUACAUUUUAACUAAUAAUUUAUUUGUGGUAACUAUUAUGUAUGGAAGAAGGUGACUCCUAGUCUUGAAUGAUCUUGUAUAGUGUGGUUUCUAGUAGUGUGUUGUUUUGUUUAUAAUAAUUAAAGUAUAAGAACCACAGACUAGUUUUAAUUCAGUGUAAACACAAAACGAGCCAUUGACAAAUGCUAUCAAUAAAAUAGAUAAAUAAGGUA